AUGGCAGAGGACAUGUUUAGACCACCAGUCAAUCGCGCCAUGCGCGUCCUGGACCGCUCCUUCUUCCAGAAGAAAAUUCCUGCUUCGGCUGCUCGUGUCGUCGACAACAAAACUAUCUCUAAAUGCAGAGCUGAACUGUUCCGCUCAAACGACGUUCUUCGUCUUGAACGCUAUCAAAUUGUCCGUCCUGACCCUGAUGAGGCCAAUGCUAAGGCUGGCAAAAAAUGCAUCCUGCUGAGACCGCAAGUCGACGACAAGGGUGCAGACUACCCCUGGAGUAAAACUGUAUUGGAGCUGGAAAAGUCAAACAUGAUCAACAUCAUUCCUUAUGAAGUUCAUCUUGAUUAUGACUACUGGGAUUAUCAGGAAAUUGCCAGUGCUGUGCUUCCACAAAGUCAAGAGCAUGAUGAGAUCCCUUCUGGCUUCACUCUUGUUGGUCACGUUGCACAUCUGAACCUUCGUGAUCAAUAUAUGCCUUACAAGAACAUCAUCGGCGAGAUUCUGGUCGACAAGAAUCCUGCUGUCAGGACCGUCAUCAACAAGAUCGACGACGUUGGCGAGGAGAGCGAGUACCGUACCUUCAAAUAUGAAGUUCUUGCUGGACCAGAUGACAUGGACGUCGAGAUCCGCGAAGCCGACUGCACAUUCAGGUUCAACUAUGCAAAGGUCUACUGGAACAGCAGACUGAACACUGAGCACCAAAGACUUGUCGACUCUUUCGGCCAGGGUGAAGCUGUCUGCGACGUCAUGGCUGGUAUUGGUCCUUUCGCAGUGCCCGCAGGCAAGAAGGGUGUCUUUGUUUGGGCCAACGAUCUUAACCCAGACAGCCACGCCAGCAUGCUUGAUGCCAUCCGCCGCAACAGAGUUGAUCAUUACGUGAAGCCUUUCAACCAGGACGGGCACGUCUUCAUCAAAGAGGCCGCCCAUAAGCUUCUAGAGACCAAGCAUGAAGUACAGGUACUUGCAAAACAAACCCGUACUGAGGCCAAGGCAAGCAAAGCGCCGCCCAAGGUCUUACAAACCAUCAAACAACCCAACACCUUCUCCCAUUACGUCAUGAAUUUGCCUGCAACUGCCAUCGAAUUCCUGCCAGCGUUCAUCGGCUUGUACACCGAGGAAGACAGAAAGCUGCUUCCUGCUAAUUUCAAGUUACCCAUGAUCCACGUCUACUGCUUCGACACCAAGAGCGAUGACAACGUUCAAGAAGGCAUCAACAUUUGCAAGAAGAUCUCCGAACAGAUUGGUUACGAAGUCACACCCCAGACACCCGAGCUCAGCAUCUUUGAUGUCAGAGAUGUCGCACCUAAGAAGAGAAUGUUCUGUGCUUCUUUCAGACUUCCAGAAGAGGUUGCGUUCGCACCGCGAAAGUCUUUGCCUACAAGGUAG